CACACACACACACACACACACACACACACACACACACACACACACACACACACACACACACACACACUUCCUACUAUUGUCACUGGUAUGUAUGCGUCUAUUGGUUGUCUGGGUCUGUCAGUGAUCUACAGGACGUCCACUGAUGUCACACAGUCGACUAUGAUCAGUUCAGUGGGAAUCAUGAUGAAGCUGUACUGUUAACAAAGGACACCUCUGCUUCCAAUGUAUAUAACCUGAUGCACAAAGAAGCUGAGUUUGAUGAGUUGAAUUGAGACGAGUUGAAGUAGAUUAGUAACUAAUUAAUCUCGUGGACGUUUUCUUUGCUCAGUAAAGAACAUAUUUUAGUAAGCCAUGAAAUACACAAUAGUUUUUUUAGGAAUCUCAUAGCAGCCUCAUGAAUUUUCAAGCUUCCCAUCAUAGAGCUGGAAACAAACUGAGGAAGAAUAUUGAAGCAUGGUUUGGAGAAAUGCUGACAUGUGGUGCAUAUGUGGAACCAGUGAGUGAAGAGGAUUGUUAAUAAUUCAGCUGUGAUGUGUUGUCGGGUGAGUAAACACAGGCUGUGUGUGUGUUUCUCUGGAGGCAAUGAAGCCAUAUGUGUAAGCACAGCUCAGAGUGUGUGUAUUGAUUAGGAGAAGUUGGGCCCAGCUGCUUCCCUGCCUCUAUGUGUGGAUCUAACUGAUAAUAAAUGAACACGCAGGCACUGUAAAUAGGAAUGUUGAGUGUCCUGCACCUGCUAAAGCAGCCUUGUUAGAUGUGUAAUGUAAAAUAAUAAGUGAUAAUAUUAAACAUAUUAAUCAUUUCAUUAUUAUUGUCUCAGUUAUAUAGUCUAUAGGUAUUGUCUUUUAUAGGCUAAAAUUUAUACUAUAAAUUAUUAGUCUAUAAAUUAUCUUAAUACAUAAUGGAAAUAUUCUGCUUAUGUUUAAACGUCUGUCACUGUACUAUUUACUUGCCUACAUCUCUAUAAAAACACACAGUGGAAACUGAGAUGUGGAGAAAAGUUCAGUGUUUGCUUGGAUGCAAUGAAGGAACUGAGUCAAGCAGGCCCACCACUGUGGUCUACUGCACCUUAAACGUUUACACCAGGCUGAGGCCAAUGUAGGCGGCAGCAGCGAUGAUGGGAAUUUCAAGCUUCCUCCAAACAACCUCACCACAAACUCUUUUUAUGUGACCGUACUGUUUACUGCAAGUCACUUCUUUGUAUUCUUCACGACCUCAGAGGCUUGGUUACAAAUAAUUAAAGCUACACUGAGUAAAACCUUAAAUCUGAGCCACACGUACUGUAACUGCGUGAAGUGCAGUACAGAGUGAAUUGAUUGAGUGCGGCUCUGUUCAACCAGUAUGUUACAGGAGCAUUAAUGCUACAUGCAAGUUGAACUGUGAUAAAUGCGUCUGUGCAGGGAAGUAUAGUCAAGUAGGUUUUGGUUUAAGUGUUUUCCAUAUGAAUGUAAAAGCAGGUGCAAAAAGCCAUCUUGUACGUUGGUUGUUGAUAUUAUUAUUAUUAUUAUUAUUUUCUAACUCUGUUUCAAUUAUGGUCAUUUCAAAAGCUUGGAUUAGAAUUUAUAAAAGGAGAGUAACUUUGACAGGACUGAAUGGUUUUAAACAUGGAGUCAGGUUUAAAUUUGAAUAUAUAUUAUUAUAUAUUGAUUUACUGUAUAAGUAAGAGUUUGCUAAGUGGGAUCUGUAUGCGUCUGUGACAUUUGUUGUUGUGGCGCUCUUUAAAUCGACUGAACUGAAUUAAAUUGCAUUCACCAGGGGCCUCAUGUAGGAAGGGUACUUACGCACAAAAACCUGGGUAAGAUCUACAGUAGAGGUACGGUAGCUCCCUGGCUGGCAUACUUUUUACAGCUAUUGGUCCACUACAGCUAUUGGCGUCCACGCCACCAGCCACAAUCAGCUGCUAACCACAGGGUGCCAGCCAUGGGGGCGGGCACCAGAGGGAGCUGCAGACUGGUCGGGUAGUGUACCCAUGCCAGCUGGUGGGUGAUCAGGGCAACAUUAAAGCACACUUUGCAGCAAGAGCCCGUUUACCUGAUCAGAGCCAUUGACUGGACACAGCGAUAUAAAAACACCAUCUACCUUUAUGUAGACAAUAUGAAAUAUAUAAAAUAUAUAUAAAUAUAGGGGCGUAUCACGGGAGGAGUCUGCUACUCAAUCAAAUGCACUCAAUUCUGCGUUGAUUAGGAUGUACGAAAAAAACAUGGUUACAUUCAUACUUAGUAGAGGUUGAUACAUCUGUACUUACGCAGUUUUCUGGAUUUACACCGAUUUACUUAUGCCAAGUUUAGUAGGAAAUCUAUGUUUUUGUACAUGAAGCCCCAGAACUUUUAUGUGCCAAAAGGUGCCAAAAGUGUGCAAGAUGUGCAAGAACUUGCGUAGAUUCCCUACUAAACUUGGCGUAAGUGAGAGGGACAUGAUGCUGUGCGAGAACGCAAGACUCUACGUGAACAGCGCGAGAAAUUCAACAAGGCCGCGCAACACCAGCAGUGAACAACAGCUCGAUAAACUAUCCGCCAAUAAAUAUAUAUAAAUAACUACCUCAUCCUGCGGACAACAAUCAACCAUCUUACCAUUCUGAAUAACACAGAAAAUCAUCGACGAGGGAAAAAGGACAGGGCUCCAAACAAAAGAUCCCGUCUGUCUGACUUCAUUGACGCUAGCUCGGCGGAUAAAAACAUCAUGGAAAUCCUGGAGUCUAUAGAGAGCGACUCCCUGGAAUUUAGCCAGCAGCAGGUGGUUUCUUUCGCCACCAAGAACGAGGCCCUGAAGGGACGGUGCAGUCCCUGACAGAGGAUGUGGCUCAGCUAGCGGCCGAAAAUAAAAAAAUAAAAGAAGGCAUCAUCGAUCUGCAGGCCCGCAGCAUGAGGGACAACCUGGUGUUCUCGGGGAUUCCAGAACAGGCGGAGGAAAACGCGGAACCACUGUUAAAACUUCCUUAAACAACAGAUGAAGCUUCCAGCGGACGUAGUGGACAACAUAGCGUUUCACCGUUCCCACCGACUCGGAGGAAGACGACCGGAUGGCCAGCGCCCCCGACCCAUCGUUGCCAAGUUUCAUGACUUUAAGCAGAAGGAACUGGUUAAGAGCCGGGGCAGACAGCUGAAGGGAACCGACUACAGCGUCAACGACCAGUUCCCCAAGGAGAUCCUCGACCGCCACCGCCGACUGUUCCCCAUCCGUAAGAGGUUCAUGGCAGAAGGCUGCAGAGCUGUCAUCAGCGUCAACAAACUGUACAUCAACGGAGAGCUCUACCGGGACCGGGAAGCAACUCUGUGGCUGUACUAGCAGAUGGUAUAAUAUAUAAUUAUAUAAUGUAUCGUUCAAACUCGUUCUCUCUCACAGAUGUUUUAUUUAAAUGUAUAUUGUCAUUCUAAUGUCACUCACUCCACAGUUUGCAAAGUGCUCAUCAUGCUUAAUCACUCACUUUCCUUCCACUUUAAUUUUCCUUUCCUUUACUCCUUUUCCACCACCUACUUUUACUCCACACUGUGUACAUCCCUCUCUUCUGCAUUCUUUUUCCACGUAGUCAGCCAGCCAUGUAUCCAUCCAGCAGGCACACACAAACAUCUACUGCACAGGCACAACAUGUGCACACACAUGGACAACACACAACUCAGAAUACACAAGUACUCAUGUUCAGCCACACACCUAAAGUCUGUCACACUACAUACACACAAGACUAGUGAUCCACAGCAGUCAGGUAAGAUAUGACACUACUGAAGAUUGUCACUUGGAAUGUACGUGGAAUCAAUAGGAAGGGGAAACGAUUUAAAAUAUUUAAACCCUACAAGCAGACAUUGUUUUACUACAGGAAACUCAUAUUCCCAAAACUAUAGAUUACACUCUGGCAUCAGCAGAGUUCCCACAUGCUUACUUAGCCGGUUACAAUUCUAAACAAAGAGGGGUCGCCAUCCUGUUAAGUAAAAAGAUUAACUUUAUUCAUAAUGAUACCAUUGUAGAUCCAGAAGGGAGAUAUAUAAUCAUUAAUAUCUUGAUAGGAAACAUUGAACAUUGCACAGCUAAUGUGUAUGGUCCUAAUGUUGACGACCCCUCUUUCUUUCACAGCUUCUUCAUGUCAUGUUUCACGCCGUGUUUUGUUGUCUCACCAUGUCCUGUUUUAUUUUUGUUAACUUCCUGUUUUAGUCAGCUGUCACUUACCGGCUCCCAGUAUCCACACCUGUCAGCAAUCUGUAAUCAGUACCAGUAUAUAGCCUCCACCUCGCACAGACUCCAGUUGCCAGAUUGUUAGUUUCCGUACUCUUUCCAGCAUCUCUUGUAUAGCUUCUCUUGUUUUGACCCUGAUCGCCUUGACCAUUGCUUCCUGCCUGAACCUCGUGUGUACCGCUGCCUGUGAGAGAACCGUGACUGAUUAUCUGACCGUGAGUUUGUCUUAUAACUGCCUGUACCUUUGCCGAGACUGCCCGUGUAACGAACCCUGCCUGGAUAUUGGAUUAGAGAUUUCCUGCUCCCUUGUGUACUACUUCACUGAACCCUUUUGUGUAUGACCUGGACCGCCUGACCCUGCCUUGUCAAAUAAACCUGUGUCUAAUCAUCAUCGUGCUUCUGUGCCGUGCAUGUGGGUCCGACACCUGCCCAAGUCUGACACUUCACAUCACUGUCUGCUCACUCUGGUUCCAAACUUAUAGUAGGAGGGGACUUUAAUUUAGUAUUUAACCCAGAGUUGGACAGGCUAAGCAAAGCUGUGAGCAACAGGAACUGGCAAUCAGUACAGACCUUAAAACAGUACAUGGAUGACGGUCUCUGUGACACAUGGCGUUCUCUUCAUCCUACAUCCAGGGAAUACACCUUCUUCUCGCCAGUUGACCACUCUCACUCCGGUAUAGAUUAUAUUUUAGUAAAUAACUCAGUCUUACAAAAUGUCUCUGACACCAAUAUUCACUCUAUCACAAUCAGUGAUCAUGCACCAAUGUCCAUUUCGUUGAUUAAGACAGUCACACCAUCAACCAGGAAUUGGAGGUUUAAUACAUCAUUACUCAAUGAUCAAGACUUCAUCAGUUAUGUCAGGAGAGAAUGGAAAACCUUUAUGAAAUUCAGCGAUACACCGGGAACCUCACCUUGCGUCUGGGAGAUUGCGAAGGCAGUUAUGCGUGGUAGAAUAAUUUCAUAUUCAUCACAAGAAAAAAGGACAUGCUACUUGAAUUAGAAUAAGAACAAAAAAUAAAAUCUCUAGAGAUUAAAUAUGCUGCCUCUCCAACCAAUGAUGUCCUAGAAGACCUAAGAAAUCUAAAAAUCUAAAUAAUAUAAUUGAUCGCAAAAGUCAGUUUCAGAUAGAUCAGUUACGCCAGGAGAACUUUGACCAUGGUAACAAAUGUGGUAAAUUUUUAGCCAAGCAAUUAAAAUAUAAAAAAGGAAAACAAAUCAUUCAUUCAAUAACAAUAAUAAAAAUGAAAAAAAAGUUAUACCUUUAAAAACUUUUAUCAAGAGUUAUAUAUGUCCCAAAUAGAUCCAUCCACCUCAUACUUAGUUCCUCAUGGGAACGAUGGGAUGGGCCCCACUCUGCUCGUGUAGGGGUGGUGGACUGGGGGUGGGCCCCACUCUGGGCGUGGGAGCAUGUCCUAGCAGGCUCCCUAUGGACCAUAGGUACUCGGGCUCCAUUCUCUCAGGCAGACCCUCCCACUGGGAGGAGUGUUUGCCCCUGGUUCUUAUGGGGCGGACAGAGUUGACCCCCGGUGGCCCACUCUGACCUCGGGUGCUGUCUCUGUGGCUGCUGCAGCUCUGCCUGGGGGGCUCUGUGUGGGCGGCUUGGGUCGCAACACCUGCCCUCCUGGAACUGAAGGUGUGUGGGCUCCCUGGCUGCUGGGAUUCCUUCCUCUGCUGAGCCCCUCACAUCACCCUGGCUUCCACAAGUGGCAUUGUUCAUGCACCAACGUCUGCCUCAGCCUUUGGGUGAACAAUGUUAAGCUACAGCUUUACUAACCUUGUAGUGGGACACUCAACACUUGAGCUGAUAAACACGAUUUCUAAACCCAACUGUAAGUAUUACUGAUACUUAUCACUACCAAUUUAACUGACAUAAAUGUCAAGUCAUGUUUAUAUUUUAUUUGCAUAUUUAUUGUGUGUUUAUAAUUAUUUGAUUGUUAAUGCGGACCCGGAACAAAGUUUGUGUUCCGCCGGGCAUUUUUGCUGGUACACGAGUGAGAAGCAUGUGGAGAGAAGUGAAGGUACAAGCAGGCAAGAAAGUAAAGGUUAAGCAUUUAUUUUGGGAUUUUUGAUGAUUCGUAACCAUUCCCUCUGGGGUGUGCAGCCAGCGAGUUCGACGGUGGAUUUGUUCGGACGUAAGGAGCAACAAGUGCUCAGAAGGAAAGAAUAAAUUCAUCUGUGAUGAUAAAGAACUGCUUCGUUGUCUCAUUGGAGGGAGUGAUAGUCGAACUCGGUCUGCAACAAGCCGAAGCGGACCUGCAAGACUCCGUCGUCGACAAGCAUCUCAGAUAAGCUGUUAUAAACGUUAAGGACAAGGACUGUAAUCUAAGUUACCUUUGGACAUUUAAGAGUAAUCGUGAUAUUAGUAUUUUGAAGUUCAGUGUUGUUAUUGAAGGGUCGGUCAAUUAAGUUCAAUUAAGUGCCACAACUUGUUACCUUUUGUAUGGUUUGUGAAUUUGUGUUGUUUACCUUAUGCAAAGGAAAUAUGUAGAAACCAUAACUUGCUAAUUCUUCGCGGUUGUUUUAACACUGCUAAUUUAAUCCUGGUAAAUUCUAUUUUGACUUUUACGUAGUUUCUAAGAUGUCUCAGGCAAGCAAAGACACUGAGAGUGCAUUAGCUGGUUUAGAGCAAGAGGUAGACCAGUCAGAUGUUCCUCAACCAACAACACUAUCUAAAGAGCCUCGAAGGAGUGAAAGAGCUCGAACAUUAACUGAAAAGGGAAAAGAACUUCAGAAGGAAAAGCUAGAAGUUCUUCUGCUACGCUUUGACAGUAUUUAUGAAAGAUGGAGAGCUCUGACCAAGGUUGCUAAGAAAUCUGUAAUGAGUCAAGAUCCCAGUGAAAUUCUACAGGAACACAUUAGCAGCGUUCAGAAAGAGGCAUCAGAGCUGAACAAUAUUUAUGAUGACUACAGAAGAAUUGAUAGUCCAGCUCAUGACAUGCGUCGUAAGAUGGACAACUGUACAUCAAUUACUGAAGUAGUGGUUCAGAACGCUCAGUUGCAAAUUCAAGGAAGAGAAGAGCAGAUUAUUUGGCCUAAUGCAAAGUCAGUAUUUGCAUCUUCCAUAUCCAGUGUUUCACCACCUGCUUCAAGUCGUUCUAAGAUUAAUUCUUUGCGCUCUGAUACAUCUUCAGUCAAAAGACAAGAAGCUGCUGCUGAGUAUGCAGCCACACAAGCUGUCUUAAAGAUUAUGGCUGAGCAAGAGUCAUAUCAAGAAAAACUACAAAAGCUUGAGGUUGAAGAGAAGUUGAUCAUUGCAGAACAAGAAGCAGCUGCAUUAGCUUGUCAUCUGCAAGCGGAAAAGGAAGAAACAGAGCGUAGAAUAGAAAGGGAGAAACAAAAAUCCGCUCUCCAAAGGAAACAACAAGAGGAGAACGCCGCAAGAAGGAGGUCAGUAGAAAACUUAAAAAGAGAACUUGAGCGUUUGGAGGAAUUGAAAAGGCUGAAUGCAGCCAAGGCAAAACUUCAGGUUUAUGAUGAACACGAGAAUGAUCAGGUUAAGGGUUUGCAGCAAAUAGCGCAGAACUUCCUAUUGUCAUGCAGACUGUCAGUCAGAUUAAGCAAGAACCACAACCACCAAGAGUUGUGUUCUCUAAUAGUAGUCCAACACAAAAUGAAACAGGAGCACUUGUGAAGGUUUUGGCUGAGGCUAUGUCAGCAAACAGGCUCCCUAUUCCAGAACCUACCGUCUUUUGUGGAGAUCCACUUAGGUUUGUUCAUUGGAAGGCAUCUUUCGAGACUCUGAUUGAGCAGAAAAACAUUCCAACCUCAGAGAAGAUCUUCUUCCUUCAGAGAUAUGUUGGAGGAGCAGCACGAGAGGCUUUGGAAGGUUACUUUCUAAUUGGUUCAGAAGAGUCAUAUGAAGCAGCUUGGAAGUUGCUCAGUGAACGAUAUGGACAUCCAUUUGUAAUUGCAAAGGCUUUCAGAGACAAAUUAUAUUAAUGGCCAAAGGUAGCUGCAAAGGAAAGUGCUGAGUUAAGGAAAUUUGUGGACUUCUUGCACAGUUGUGAAUGUGCUAUGGCUCACAAUGAAAGUCUAAAUGUCCUUGAUGAUGGAAUUGAGAACCAGAAGCUGGCAGCUAAAUUACCCGACUGGUUAAGCACCAGAUGGAACAGAAAGGCCACAGAAUAUCAAUUGGAGCAUGGGAGAUUCCCGAAGUUCAGUUAUUUUGUGACAUUCCUUUCAUUAGAGGCCAGUAUUGCUUGCAAUCCUAUUACAUCUUAUCAAGCAUUACGGCAGACUGAAUCUGAUAAGGUGAGGAUUAAAAAUCAGACAUUAAGUAACUCCUAAAACCCAGACCAUAGGUUCCAAAAUAUUCACAACCAAUACCAGUGAGAGAAACAGAGUCACCUGUCUGUUCUGUGAGAAAGUAGGGCAUGGUGUACAAAAGUGUUUCAAAUUACUGGACAAGGCAGUUGCUGACAGAGUCAAAUUCAUUCGAAGUGAAAAUCUAUGCUUCGGCUGUUUGAGCAUUGGCCAUCAAUCUAAGAAAUGUACCAAUCGGAUGGUCUGUGAAGUCUGCUCAAAACGUCACCCCACGUGUUUACACGAAGAUCGCUCAAACCGUGAACAAGGAGCAAAGAGAGAACAAUUCAAAGGAAGAGUUAGCACUAAAGAAUCAGCACAACCAAGUGUCAGUAACGAAAGCACGUCCAACAGAGUUGUACAAGAUGGUAACAGUGUACAGACUUCAGCCAUAGUCCCGGUGUAUGUGUCUUCACCAAAGGAUCCAAACAAGGAAGUUCUUGUUUAUGCUCUGUUAGAUUCACAGAGUGAUUCUUCAUUUAUUCUUGAGGAAGUAGCAGAUGUUCUAAACAUGGACACAGAACAAGUCAGACUAAAAUUGUCUACAAUGUCAUCUAAAGGGACAAUUGUAGUUUGUAAAAGACUCAAUGGUCUACAGAUAAGAGGACUAGACUCCUCUAAGAAAGUUACAGUGCCAACAGCUUAUACUCGGGAGUUCAUUCCUGCCAAUCGGACUCAUAUUCCAACUCCAGAGACAGCUCAGGCAUGGCCGCACUUGGAACAUCUUGCAGCACACAUGGCUCCACAGAAGGACUGUGCAAUUGGUCUAAUAGGUUAUAAUUGCCCACAAGCAUUAUUACCUAGAGAAGUUGUAUGUGGAGAAGAAAACCAACCUUUUGCACAGAAGACUGACCUAGGUUGGAGCAUAGUGAGCUAUGUUGCGCCGUUCGAGCACCAUGGUGAUGAUAUUGGAAUAAGUCAUCGCAUCAUUGUAAAGAGAGUGAUGCCAGAAUCCACACCUACAGCUAAACUUAAGAGUGAAGUUCACUAUGUGUGUAAGACUCAAAUCAAGGAAUUGACCACUCCAGACAAUGUAAUUAAGAUCCUAGAAUCUGAUUUCAGUGAAAGAGAUGUGGAGGAAGCAAUACUUUCUCAGGAAGAUUUCCACCUUUUGACCAAGCUGAAGGAGGGAAUCAUGCAGAAACAUGAUGGUCAUUAUGAAAUGCCCCUGCCUUUCAAACAAGACAGACCAAACCUGCCUAGCAAUAAAGCAUGUGCUGUUCAUCGGUUGUCAUGCUUAAAGCGCAGAUUCAAGAGAGACCAGAAAUAUCACACAGACUAUAAGAACUUCAUGAAAGACCUCAUGGCUCGUGGUGAGGCAGAAAAGAUCACAGAUGAGGAAUUGAACAACGAACCAGCCUGGUAUAUACCUCAUCAUGGUGUAUACCACCCUCAAAAGCCAGGGAAGAUACGAGUAGUCUUUGAUUGCUCUGCAAGGUUUCAAGACACUUCCCUGAAUGACCAUCUUCUUACAGGUCCAGAUCUUACAAACAACUUGGUGGGAGUUCUUUGUAGGUUUCGUAAGGGACCCAUAGCUGUCAUGUGUGACGUCGAACGCAUGUUUCAUCAGUUUCAUGUUAAGACUGAAGACCAGGACUACUUAAGGUUCUUAUGGUGGGAGGAUGAUGAUCUGGAAUCUUCACCAUCAGUGUUUCGAAUGAAGGUACAUUCGGGGCAGCCUCCUCACCUGGGUGUGCCAACUUUGGGUUGAAGCAUUUAGCUAGUCAGUGUCAGGAUCAGUUCAGUGAAAGCACUGUUAAAUUCAAGCUUGAAGCUUGUUGCUUCAAACUGGCUCACUGGCCCAGAUUUCUUGUGGGAAAGGGAGCUACCCACAAGUGAAGUGAAAGUGGAAGAAGUCAGUGACAAUGAUCCAGAACUCCGAAAGGUGCAGUUGCUCAAAACCAGUGCAAAGGAAGACAGGACAUUGUUAGAUCUUUUGACAAAGUUUUCUGACUGGAAAAGAGCCAUUAAAGGUAUUGCUAGUCUUAAGCGCUUAGCUCAACAGAUUAAAGGACUGAAAUCUAAGCUAAACGAAGCCACAAAUGUUGAAGAAAGACAAGAAGCAGAACGCUUCAUUAUAAAACUAGUCCAAAGAGUAAAGGUUAUACCUUAUUUUUAGGUAUAUGCUAUGCCUGUAUGAUCUUCAAGAGUUAAGUGAAAGUUCGAUUGUUCAGUGAAAUCCCAAACAUUGUGAUUUGGUGGGAGUUUAACUGACAUAAAUGUCAAGUCAUGUUUAUAUUUUAUUUGCAUAUUUAUUGUGUGUUUAUAAUUAUUUGAUUGUUAAUGCGGACCCGGAACAAAGUUUGUGUUCCGCCGGGCAUUUUUGCUGGUACACGAGUGAGAAGCAUGUGGAGAGAAGUGAAGGUACAAGCAGGCAGGUUAAGCAUUGAAGGUUAAGCAUUUAUUUUGGGAUUUUUGAUGAUUCGUAACCAUUCCCUCUGGGGUGUGCAGCCAGCGAGGUACGUUUAUUUUGUGUUUGGUUUAUGUCGUGCAUUUAUUUAUAAUUCUGUUUGUCUCUUUAAAAUGUGAUGUUUUACUGUACGUCAUAGUUCGACGGUGGAUUUGUUCGGACGUAAGGAGCAACAAGUGCUCAGAAGGAAAGAAUAAAUUCAUCUGUGAUGAUAAAGAA